AACAGCAAAAAUACUCACCAAUUUAAGACGAGAAUCUGCGAGAAUAGACUACGAAGGAUAAAACGGAAACAGAUAGUAACGCCCGAGAAAUCGAAAUCGAAAUCGAAAAUGGAAGAGAAUGGAACAGAAACAACGAGCAAGUGCGAAAAUGGAGAGGGAAAGUAGAGUAGAGAGUUCUGAAGACGUACCGCCCGCGAAAUCAGAAAAAUAUUGAUUAAUGUACUAAAUUAAUUCUGAACGUUAGAUUAGAUGAGUGAUGAACGGACCAGAUCAGGUCUCACGUCCUCACUUUUAAAAACGGGGCGCAUCUGAACCAUUCCCUAUAUAUAUAUAUAUAUAUAUAUAGAUGUUUUUAACUCUAAUACAGACAUCUCAUGAAAACUAAUGUAGUUAUCAUAAUCAUCACGCACCGCCUUAAAUUAACAAUGUAUGUAUUGGAACAGAUGUCUUUGACAAGUUCAUUGAAAAACAAAACAAAUUCAGUGAAAAUUUGGAGAAUGAUGCUAAGGGAUUGCUAAGCUUAUAUGAAGCAGCCCACCUGAGAACACGUGGAGAAGAAAUAUUGGAUGAGGCGGUGAGCUUCACGGUCCGUCAUCUGAAGCGCAUGGUACAACAGUUAGAGCCUGCACUCCAAGCCCGAGUGAAGAGGGCUCUAGAGCGACCCCUUCAAAGGGGCAACCCAAGAAUGGAAGCUCGUCAGUAUAUUUCAUCUUAUGAGAAAGACGAGUCGAGGAACGAGCAGCUUCUUAAGCUUGCCAAAAUAGAUUUCAAUUAUGUGCAGAACAUCUACAAGGAGGAAUUGCAUCAAGUCACCAGAUGGUGGAGCGAAUUGAACCCAUGUCUGCCAUACGCGAGAAACCGAGUGGUGGAGGCCUAUCUCUGGGGAACUUCACUCCAUUUCGAACCUCAGUAUUCUUUUGUUAGGAUGACAUUCGCCAAAUACGUUCAAAUGCUUACGACUUUGGACGAUACAUAUGACAAUUAUGCGUCGGUUGAAGAAGGCGAUAUUUUUACUGAUGCUAUGGAAAGAUGGAACAUUGAUGAGAUCGAUCGGCUUCCGGAUUAUAUGAAACCCCUCUACAGGUGUAUUUUGAGAAUGUUUGACGACUAUGAAAUUGAUGCAGCCAAACAAGGGAAAAUGUUUGCUGUUCCUUAUGCCAAGCAAACUAUGAAAGAGAUAUGUAGGACCCACAGCCAAGGGCUUAGGUACACCCUGGGAGCGCCAAUGGGUUCAUUCGAGGACUAUGUUGUGAACACGGUAAUCACGAGUGUCCUGUACGUGACAUGUGCUGCUACUGUCCCAGGCUUGAAAUCAGUGUCCGAGGAGACCAUAGACUGGCUCAAGAGCCAGCCCAAAAUGAUUCGGGCUUCUGCUAUGGUCUGUCGAUACUUGGACGACUUGGGCAGCCAUGAACGCGAGAGCCAGCAGGACACACUCCUGACGGGGUUGGAUUUCUACGUUAGACAUCAUGGUGGGUCGAUUCCAGAGGCUAGGGACAAGUUUGAGGAGCUAGCUGAGGAUGAAUGGAAGGAUUUGAACGCCGAGUGGAUAAGAGACGUUAAAAGUGGUGUUCCACGGGAAGUGGUGGACGAGGUUCUAGGCUAUGCUCGGUCAUCUGAUGUCUUUUACAGGCAUUGUAGGGAUGGAUAUGCAAAACCUCAUGAAGUUAUGACGCCCGAAGUCGAUGCUCUUUUCAUCGACCCUAUUGUCGUUUAAGAGAGCUAUAGAUGAGAAAUCAGGCGAGACGUAAAUGUUAAUGUCGUUAAAUAAAAGCCAUUUGUCUCGCCUGUUUUGAAUAUUUAUGGGUUUGAAGGCAACUAUAUCAUUUCACUUUUGUAUUUUUUUUCUUUUGUACGUGUGAUGUUUUUGUUUCAGAUUACUUGCGAUGGUAUGUGUGGUGUGUUUGAUUUUUGACGUGCGAAUCUAGUGCACGCGCAAUGGAAUUUCAAAAUUUUCUUAUCGACAACGAAGAUCCGGCUAUAUCUAUUCGAUAUGACCUAGGUUGUGUGAAUCAUAAAUGUAAACAUACAGUGUUCAUAAGCUUUACCCCUGACUAUGGUAUCCACGCAAUUUAGUUUCUCGGUGCACGAUUCAAUGCAGUGAAUCAAUUUUGGUGAAGAAGCUAGGAAUACUCAAUCAAGAAAGCUACAGAGUGUGUAUAUCUAGAUCUUUUGAUGUUACAACAUGUAUUAUUAUUUCAUCGAUCAAAGACUGUGAAGAGAUAAUGAGAUAUUUAUAAUUAGAUCAAACU